CUUCUCCCACUGCAGAUUUCUUGCCAAGGACUCUGGAGAACAUGCCUUGUGCUGUAUGGGAUCAGUAAGCGCCCUCCUGGCGGACAGGCUGCUGCGGAUUUCUAGAGCCUGCAUUCCUUUGGACCCUGAAGAAGCUCCUGUCCUCUACAUAGACAGUGAUUUACAGCUCCCAGCAGAUCUUUCUUACUUUUAUAUGUUUGGAAAAAAGGUUCCCGGGAUGUUCGGCGCCAACCGUAGAUGGAAUAAAGAUGUGACCCCGCAAACCAGCUUAUCGAGUGUGCUGCCACACAUCUCGAGCAACCCGGACGGCUGCACCGCAAACAAUAUCCAAAGGGAUCAUAUCUACCAGACGUCCACAAGGUUGCUGUGUGCCAACACAACCUUGCAAGUCACAGAAGCUGCCACCCACUGUCCACUGGUGCUGGGAAGAUGUCACCCCACAAGACUGUGGCUGUUCCUAGGCAAGGACUGGAGCCCUGUCACCCAUUAAAGAGGUAAACACGCAAAGUAUGAAGACCAGAACGUGAAAUGUUUGCCAUUCAAAUUUGACUAGUUUAAGGUACUAAACUGGAUUCCAAAACUUAAUUCCAAAACACAUGAAGAAGUAUCUUUUUGUAAAAAGACCAUGUGUUAAUAAGACAAAAAAAUAUCAUAAAAGAUCCCUUCAUGACAGUAGGCGGACUAGCAAUUGUACAAGAUGAUUGUACAGAUAUCAAGUGACUGGACCUCAGAUGACACAAAAUCUUAUCUUGUAGGGAACGACCUCUAUGAGAACACUAUGGGUGCUGAAGAAAGUUUAUUGAUUCUGGAGGAAGAGGAUUUAGUUUCAGAACAUUCCAAAUCUGAGUUAAAAAAUUGUAAAGUUUUAAUCAUUAACCAACAAACAAAUGUGGAACAAAAUGGUAACUCGGAAGUACAUGUCAAGCCUUCGGAUAGGGUUAGGUGCCACACAAGUACCAUUGAUCAUCUCUACUGCAUAUGGCAUGGUUCUAAAUAUUGUUGCAGAGCCCCCGAGCCAAAGUUGGAUGACCAUCGGACUAUAGGGGAAGACUCUUUUGAUGAUUGUCUCAACUAUUUGGAAUGCUCUGAUGUCAUGACGGAUUAUGAGAAUGGAAUUUGGCAGCAUGUUCUUCUAGGCAGUGAGCCUGUCUUUUUACUGGAAAGUGACCAGGAUGUUGAGACAAAAGUAAGCCAGGAUUGCCUAAAUGAGUGUGAUAGACUGCCGAGUGGUGUGACUUAUGCGAAUGAAGGAUCAAAUAACAAUUUAUCUAUGGAUGCCUUCACUGGCUUCUGUGUCAGUCACUCAGAGCCACCAAGACUAGAUGUAAAAGGAGACUUCCCCAGAGACAAUCUAAAAGCUUUCCAACCAGAGAUGGUGAUUACAGGCGGACAUCGAGAGGACAAUACUUCUAGUUUGAAAAGGAAAGAAAGAUGUAAACUUCCACUAUCCGAUAUCCAGGACGAAAGAGCUGGAAAUGAUGAGGAAAACAUGGAGAAUAGUCUCAGAGGGGAUGUUUCAGCAUGUAUUAAAAAGAGAACUAGCAACCCUUACAUGGAACUAUAUCUUAAUGUAUUAGACGAUUCAGUCAAAGGUCUCAACACCAUGACCGAAGAGGAGUCAGCAGAGGAUCCUGAAAUAGAUGACUUCUCCAAAGAAAACAGGGAAUUGGACCAGAUUUAUACAGAAGGUCUAGGGACUUCAGAACCUAUAGAAGACUGGGAAAUUGAGCAACAAUCUAAGAAUGACAUACCUAAGGUAUGUUCUGUAGAUGACAAUCUUCAAGAACAAGACCUAACCGAGGAAAAGCCAUCAAGUGACCCAGCAGAAAGUUCUCUCCUGGUUAUAGAAGACAUGGUUACAGAAGGUGGAGAGAACCAUUCUCAGCUAAUAGAAUUUUUGAAAGAAAACAUCCAACAGCCUGAAAGUUGUGGCCAACUAGAUGAAGAAAUCCCAAACAAUGAAGAGAGCAAACUAUGCCUUUCAGACUAUGAAGAUAGGAACGAGUAUAUUGGAGACUUCAGUAAAGAUAAUGGUGCAACUGAAGAGCCUAUAUCUGUAGAAUACUGUGUGGAAAAUGAAAUUGUGGAUUAUCAUUUGCAAAUUGAGAAUGAUGGACUUGACGUAACAGACACCAUUUCAGAGAUUAAGGAUAGCAAACAUGUAAUUAUAAACAAUGGAUCAAAAACGGAGGACAAUGAACCGCAAAGUGCAGAAAAUGAAUCACAAAGUACAGAAAAUGAAUCACAAACAGAGGACAAUGAAUCACAAAGUACAGAAAAUGAAUCACAAACAGAGGACAAUGAAUCACAAAGUACAGAAAAUGAAUCACAAACAGAGGACAAUGAAUCACAAAGUGCAGAAAAUGAAUCACAAACAGAGGACAAUGAAUCAAAAAUUGCAGAAAAUGAAUCACAAAUUGUGGAAAACGAAUCACCACUUGAGAGAAAUGAAUCAGAAUUCUUUAAUUGUGAACCUGAAAUUGUGGAAAAUGAUAAAGACAUCUUGGACAAUAAAUCACAAUUUGCUGAAAAUCUAUCUCAAAUUUUAGACAGGGAAUCAGAAAUUGCACAGAACGAAUUACUAAAUUGGAGCAAUGAAUUGCAACUUUUGAACAAUCAUUCACAAAUUGUGGAGGAUGAAUCACACAUUGUGGGAAAUGGAUUAAUAAUUUUGGACAAUAAAUACCAAACUGUGACAAGUGAAUCGCAGACUGUGGAAAAUGAAUCACAAAUCGUGGGUUGCGAAUCACAAGGUGUGGAAGAUCAGUCACAAAUUUUAGACAACGAAGCACAAACUGUGCAGAAUGAAUUACAAAAUGGGGGGAAAGAAUUGGAAAGUCUGAACAAUGAAUCACACAUUCUGGAGGAUGAAUCACUCAUUUUGGACAAUGAAUCACAAGCUUUGACAAAUGAUUUGCAGAUUCUGGAGAAUGAAUCACAAAUUGUGAAUUAUGAAUCGCAAGGUGUGGAAAAUGAAUCACAAAUGUCGGAUAAUGUAUCACAAAAUGAAUUACAAAUUUCUGAGAAUGUAUCACUAAUGGUGGAGAAUGAAUCACAAAUUCUAGAUAAAGGAUUACAAAUUCCAGAUGGUGGAUCACCACUUGAGGCAAUUGAAUCAGAAAUUAUGGAUUUCAGAUCACAAAAUGCGGAUGAUGAAUCACAAUUUGUGGAUAUUGUUCCAAAAACUGUACUUUUAGAAGUGCAAAUUGUCGAUAAUGGAUCACUCUUUGAGGAUAUUGGGUCUCCAGCAGUUAUCAUCGGUGCGCAUAUUAUCAAUGACGUAUCACAAGAUGAGGAUGAAAAUAUGGAUAUCGAAUCACAAUUUGUACAUAACUGUAAUGUUGGCAGAAAAAAACAUGACAGUGUUGACAAUAAGGCGUAUAAGGAUGCACAAGAAUGUGAAAUCCUACAGUUUGUCGGCAGCGCUCAUGUAGUGGACCCCAUCCUAAGACUUCAUCCUUGUCACGAAUCAUCAUUUGAUUCGAGUGAUAUUGUUCUCGAUAAUAGUGCGAUUGAAGAAGACAUCAAAGGAGCUUGUGGAUCUAUUGGAGAUCAAAGAGCGUCGGGUCAACAAGUCAAGGAGACAACUAAUGUCAUCAAAGCAGCCAACCAAUAUUCCUCCCUGCAUAACACAAAUAAAGGGGAUCAUAAAAUUAGUCAUAAAUUUCAUAUGGAAAAUUACCGAGGAGAUGUUGGCAAAGGAUCCUUGGUUGGAUGCCUUGAGAAGACUGAAAGUCUCAUGAAGGAAACAGCCAACAUGAAUAAUAAUAUAACCAAAAUAGAAAAAGCACAUUCACUGCAUGACAAGGAUUACAUUCCAAAUUCCAAUGAACUGUCACAAGUGUGCCGAGACCCUCAUACAAUUAGGGCAGUCAGAGGAGGAGGAGGUGGUAGUGGGCCUGGCCAAACUCACACGAGCACCCUAGCCCAGACGAGUACAGGACCCAGCUGCACUACACAUUAUAUGGGCUUUAAAACCCUCUGCGGAAAGAGCACUGAAAACAAAAUGGUGAAGAAAAAGUUUAAAUCUAGUGGAAAAGAACAGAACAAGGAUGUGAACAAAGAACCAGAGACAUUGGAUACCAAUGAGGUCUUCACACCUGAUGAGGAGAAGAGGCUCAAAAGGGAAAACAGCACAACAGAGGCGACUGUAGUCAAAGACAGCAUAAAAGCUCCUCAGUUGCUACAUGGCAUCCAGGCCGAACUUUUUCCCGACUGCUCCGGAAACUUAAAAUUAUUCUGUCAUUUCGGAGAAAUUCACGCUGAUUCCACCAUUACAUGGAUUAAGGAUUCCAAGCUACUAGCGAGGAUACACAGGAGUUCUAAAGAUGAUUCUCCGGUAUCUCUCGCUAUAGUGCAGACCAGUAAGAAAGACCAAGGACAAUACAGCUGCACCCUGAAGAACAUACACGGAAAAGUGGCCACUGAAUUCCACUUGACGGCAGAAGUGUUGGACCAUCUGGCACACAACCAGGAUUCGGAAGGCGGAGAAGAAAUUGAGUUUAACCAGCUCUUCUUCCGAGAAGAUUUCAUCACUGACAUGUACUUUGGAGGAAAUCUUCAUGGGCGGAUAGCUACAGAUGAAUUGCACUUUGGAGAAGGAGUCCACCGUAAAGCCUUUCGGAGCAAAGUCAUGUGUGGACUGUUCCCUGUUUUUAACCCUGGACAUUUGUGUGUACUCAAAGUGCACAACGCCAUUGCGUAUGGGGCAAAAAACAACGACGAACUGGUGCAAAAGAAUUACAAGCUUGCUGUGCAGGAAUGUUAUGUACAAAAUACCGCCCGCGAAUAUGCCAAGAUUUACGCAGCAGAAGCUGAACAGCUGGAGGCGUUUGGGAAAGUUCCAGAAAUAAUCCCUAUUUUCCUCAUUCAUCGCCCCGCCAAUAAUAUCCCCUAUGCCACGGUGGAGGAGGAGCUGAUAGGAGACUUUGUGAAGUAUUCCAUCAAAGACGGGAAAGAGAUCAACGUGUUGAGGAAAGAUUCCGAAGCCGGGCAGAAGUGCUGCACCUUUCAGCACUGGGUAUACGAGAGGACCAACGGGAACCUGCUUGUCACAGACAUGCAAGGUGUCGGAAUGAAGCUUACAGAUGUUGGCAUAGCAACCAUGGGCAAGGGAUACAAAGGAUUUAAAGGAAACUGUUCUGUAUCAUUCAUCGAUCAAUUCAAGGCCUUGCACCAGUGCAACAAGUUUUGUGAAAUCCUCGGUUUACAAUCCUUAAGACCUAACACUUCGAAGCAGAAGAAGCCAAAUCCCGUCAAAGAGAAAGCCCAGCCUGCCCCGUCCAGCUCGCGUAAAAAUCGCCAAAGCACAAAACCAAAGAAAACAUAGCACUACCUGCCACCGGACAUGGCGGUCCAUUAGAACUGUCCUGUGCUAUGUGACUUUCCAUUUCCUGCAGGACACUGAAGAAGUGGAGAGGACACUUAUAAAUCACUUAUACAGUAACUGCAUGGAUGUAGUGCUGUCUGCUAAACUAUUAGAAGAAGUAUCCUGCACUCAUUUAUGUUAUAUAGAGAAUAUGAAGAUAGGAGCAUGUCUGCCCGGUAGACAUUGCUGCCUUAGGCUAGUGACUGUAUGGUGAGUAGUGUUCAGAAUCUGAUGUAUAGCUGUGAGGAUUGAGCUGGUGACUGCAAAUUCCAUAUUAUUUUCAAGUUAAGAUACGUUUGUAGGGUGAUGUGGAGGAAAGCUAUGAAUACGAUGAGUUACAGCAAUAAUAGAGCCCUCUUAUACACGAUGCUGCAGUAUUAGAGCUCUCAUACCUGUUGUUGCAGUAUUAGAGCUCUCUUAUAAACAUUGUUGCAGUAUAAGGGAUCUUUCAUACCUGUUGUUGCAGUAUUAGAACUCUCUUAUACCUGUGGUUGCGGAAUUAGAGCUUGUUUAUUCACAUUGUUGCAAUAUUAGAUCUCUCUUAUACAUGUUGUUGUAGUAUUAGAGCUCUCAUACCUGUUGCAGAAUUUGAGCUCUUUUAUACACCUUGUUGCAGUAUUAGAGCUCUCUUAUACAUACCUGUUGUUGCAGUAUUAGAGCUCUCAUACCUGUUGCGGUAGUAGAGCUCUCUUAUACACAUUGUUGCAGUAUUAGAGUUCUCAUAUAUAUACCUGUUGUUGCAGUAUUAGAGCUCUCUUCUACCUGUUGUUGCAGUAUUAGAGCUCUCUUAUACACGUUGUUGCAGUAUUAGAGCUCUCUCAUACAUGUUGUUGCAGUAUUAGAGCUCUCUUAUACCUGUUGUUGCAGUGUAUUAGAGCUCUAUUAUACCUGUCGUUGCAGUAUUUGAGCUGUCUUAUACCUGUUGUUGCAGUAUAUUAGAGCUCUAUUAUACCUGUUGUUGCAGUAUUAGAGCUCUCUUAUCCCUGUUGCUGCAGUAUAUUAGAGCUCUAUUAUUCCUGUUGUUGCAGUAUUAAAGCUCUCUUAUACCUGUUGUUGCAGUAUUUGAGCUCUCUUAUACCUGUCGUUGCAGUAUUUGAGCUCUCUUAUACCUGUCGUUGCAGUAUUUGAGCUGUCUUAUACCUGUUGUUGCAGUAUAUUAGAGCUCUAUUAUACCUGUUGUUGCAGUAUUAGAGCUCUCUUAUACCUGUUGUUGCAGUAUAUUAGAGCUCAGUUAUACCUGUUGUUGCAGUAUUAGAGCUCUCUUAUACCUGUUGUUGCAGUAUAUUAGAGCUCUAUUAUGCCUGUUGUUGCAGUAUUAAAGCUCUCUUAUGCCUGUUGUUGCAGUAUAUUAGAGCUCUAUUAUGCCUGUUGUUGCAGUAUUAAAGCUCUCUUAUGCCUGUUGUUGCAGUACAUUAGAGCUCUCUUAUACCUGUUGUUGCAGUAUAUUAGAGCUCUAUUAUACCUGUUGUUGCAGUAUUAGAGCUCUCUUAUACCUGUUGUUGCAGUAUAUUAGAGCUCUAUUAUGCCUGUUGUUGCAGUAUUAAAGCUCUCUUAUACCUGUCGUUGCAGUAUUUGAGCUGUCUUAUACCUGUUGUUGCAGUAUAUUAGAGCUCUAUUAUACCUGUUGUUGCAGUAUUAGAGCUCUCUUAUCCCUGUUGCUGCAGUAUAUUAGAGCUCUAUUAUUCCUGUUGUUGCAGUAUUAAAGCUCUCUUAUACCUGUUGUUGCAGUACAUUAGAGCUCUCUUAUACCUGUCGUUGCAGUAUUUGAGCUCUCUUAUACCUGUCGUUGCAGUAUUUGAGCUCUCUUAUACCUGUUGUUGCAGUAUUUGAGCUGUCUUGUACAUAUUGCUGCAGUAUAAGAGCUCUCUUAUUAUUGUUGUUGCAGUAUUAGAGCUUUCUUAUACCUGUUUUGCGAUAUUAAAGCACCACCAGACCUGGUGCAGCAGUCAUAAAGCUCCGUAUUACUCAAUGUAACAUGCUAAGUUAUUAUUAUUAUUAUUAUGAUUAAUAAAUAAGAGGUAAUAAUGCUUUUAUAAAAUGUAUAUUUUUAGCCGUUAUUAGAAUAUUGUGAUAUUUACCACACAAUGCCAUGUCCUGUGUUCUGUUGUAAUGUAGUCUCCUGUGUAAAUUGUAUGUCCUGAUGCAUCUCCCAUGUUAGUGAAUGUUGUGUACACUGCUCAAAAAAAUAAAGGGAACACUUAAACAACACACUGUAACUCCAAGUCAAUUACACUUCUGUGAAAUCACACUGUCCACUCAGGAAGCAACACUGAUUGGCAAUCAAUUUCACUUGCUGUUGUGCAAAUGGAACAGACAACAAGUGGAAAUUAUAGUCAAUUAGCAAGACACCCCAAUAAAGAAGUGGUUCUGCAUGAUGUGACCACAGACCACUUCUCAGUUACUAUGCUUCCUGGCUGAUGUUUUGGUCACUUUUGAAUGCUGGCAGCGCUUUCACUCUAGUGGUAGCAUGAGACGGAGUCUACAACCCACAUAAGUGGUUCAGGUAGUGCAGCUCAUCCAGGAUGGCACAUGAAUGUGAGCUGUGGCAAGAAGGUUUGCUGUGUCUGUCAGCGUAGUGUUCAGAGCAUGGAGGCGCUACCAGGAGACUGGCCAGUACAUCAGGAGACGUGGAGGAGGCUGUAGGAGGGCAACAACCCAGCAGCAGGACCGCUAUCUCUGCCUUUGUGCAAGGAGGAGCAGGAGAAGCACUGACAAAGUCCUGCAAAAUUACCUCCAGCAGGCCACAAAUGUGCAUGUGUCCACUCAAAAGGUCAGAAACAGGAUGGUAUGUGGGCCUGACGUCCACAGGUGGGAGUUGUUCUUACAGCUCAACACCGUGCAGGACGUUUGGCAUUUGCCAGAGAAUACCAAGAUUGGCAAAUUCGCCACUGGCACCCUGUGCUCUUCACAGAUGAAAGCAGGUUCACACUGAGCACAUGUGACAGACGUGACAGAGUCUGGAGACGCCGUGAGAACGUUAUGCUGCCUGCAACAUCCUCCAGAAUUACCAGUUUGGCGGUGGGUCAGUAAUGGUGUGGGGUGGCAUUUCUUUGGGGGGCCGCACAGCCCUCAAUGUGCUUGCCAGAGGAAGCCUGACUGCAAUUAGGUACAGAGAUGAGCUCCUCAGACCCCUCGUGAGACCAUAUGCUGGUGCGGUUGGCCCUGGGUUCCUCCUAAUGCAAGAAAAUGCUAGACCUCAUGUGGAUGGAGUGUGUCAGCAGUUCCUGCAAGAGGAAGGCAUUGAUGCUAUGGACUGGCCCACCCAUUCCCCAGACCUGAAUCCGAUUGAGCACAUCUGGGACAUCAUGUCUCGCUCCAUCCACCAACACCACGUUGCACCACAGACUGUCCAGGGGUUGGCAGAUGCUUUAGUUUAGGUCUGGGAGGACAUCCCUCAGGAGACCAUCCGCCACCUCAUCAGGAGCAUGCCCAGGCUUUGUAGGGAGGUCAUCCGGGCACGUGGAGGCCACACACACUACUGAGUCUCAUUUUGGCUUGUUUUAAGGACCUUACAUCAAAGUUGGAUCAGCCUGUAGGGUGGUUUUCCACUUUGAUUUUGAGUGUGACUUCAUAUCCAGACCUCCAUGGGUUGAUAAAUUUGAUUUCCAUUGAUAAUUUUUGUGUGAUUUUGUUGUCAGCACAUUCAACUAUGUAAAGACGAAAGUAUUUCAUACGAUUAGUUCAUUCAUUCAGAUCUAGGAUGUGUUCUCUUAGUGUUCUCUUUAUUUUUUUGAGCAGUGUACAUAGAAUUGCUGGAUUACAUUGCUCAUAAAAAUGUUUAUUCAGGGUGUGGAUCUAAUGCUUGAUAUGGAAUGAAGUCUGUGUAGCAUGGAAAGCCUUGUGACCACCUCAACCCUUGUGACCACCCUAUAAUACCCUGAUGAGGGAUGUAGUUUUGCAACAGUUAAAUCAGGUAGCAAAUGUUAAAGGGGUACUCCACUUCCCCAGCGUUCUGAAUAUUUUGUUUCGAAUGUUGGGUGCAAGCUGCGGGGGUCGUGACAGCACACCACGCCUGCUCAAUGCAAGUCUAUGGGAGAGGGCGUGGGUUAUCCAGGAAUUAAAAAAAAAACAGGCCUAAAAAGACCGCUCCUUGUCUGUCUCCAGGUUGGGUGGGGUAUUACAACUUGGCUCCAUUCACUUCAAUGGAACUGAGCUACAGAACCACACCCAACCUGGAGACAGAGAGGGAGUGGUCUUUGAAAGAAAUUAUCCCUAUUUUUCGAUUCCUUGAUAACCCCUUUAAGUGCUAGCUACAAGGUAAGGCUAUGUUUGCAUCUGCUACGGGAGCCUCUGUUGCAGAAUCCAUUUUAAUAACAUGACAAAAAAAAUUCUGCAUGCAAUUUUUUUUGUCUUGUUAGAAUCCUGCAAAAGGAGGAAAACAAGCGGAAAGCCCAAUGGACCCAAAAAAAGUCAAUGGGGUCUGUCGGUCUCUGUUUGUGUCCGUGUUCUAGUGUGGUAUGUGUGGUCAGGUAGCUGAAGGGGUCAGCAGUGUGCAAAAUAACAUACAGGAAUUAAUAUGCAUUUGGGUGGCCCACUCAGUCACAAUACUGAGCAUCCCAUCAGGAAUCUGCCCGACCUGAAAGAUUGUUAGUCCGGAGACUUGAGAUGGAGACUUUGAUGCAGUUGAGAACCCAGCCUAAUGAUUCCUGGGGGUCUCAGCAGAGGAAUAUCUUAUGUUAAAUGCAUUGUCUUGGCUAAAAGCAGAAAAUUGUUAUCUAGGGGUUAUCUAGGAAUAAAAAAACAAAGCUCAUUUCUUGUUAAAACAGCACCAUCCUUGUCCUUAGGUUGUGUGUGGUAUUUCUGUGAUAGAUGUAUAUGUGUGUAUAUAUAAAUUUUAUAUACUGUAUAUGUAAAAUGCCCAUUUAGGAUGAAGACUCCAUACUUCUCUGUUACUUGUCCACUCCUCCCCCAUCUGCUCUCUCCCUCCUCGCCCCCACCUUCGUGUAGAGGAAUCUGCUGACCACCCAUCUGCUCCUUCUGGUCUCACCCCUCCCAUCGUGUGAAGCCUUUUGGACAAAGAAGCCCAGGAAAGGCAUAGUAGGGGGGUGGGAACUUAUGCUAAUUACAGAGGUAAUAUAACCAAGUGAAGGACUGAAUAAAGGCAGAGAAGCAUUUGA